ACCGGAAGGCCGUAAAACGUGUCAGUUUCAUGCAAAACGAAACCAAGACGACGUGGUUGCACAUUUAGCAGCUGCUACUGACAUUUUUCACUUUCUUUUAGUACAGAUAACAUAAAUGAGAAGUUUAUUUACAAUAUUUACAACACAGGUGACGUAAACACGGAGCUUGGACCACGGCGGACAGGUGACAACAUGUGGAGCUUCAGUCUGUGGGCUCUUCUGCCUCCCGUCUACUCUGUGUUGACUGCUGCUGGUCUGUGGUUGGUAUAUUUUGUAGCUGUCUAUGAUCAGCAGAUCGCACCGCUGGGUUCAAAAUACAGGAGAAGAAAUGGAUCCCUUUAUCCUCCCUACAUUAGCAUUGCGGGAAACUCUCCACCAGCAAGCUGCAUCUUCAGCGAGGUCAUGAACUUGUCUGCAUUUGUGGCGUUCAUCAUCGCCGUCCUCAGAUUCUUCCAGCUCAGACAAAGGAUGGACAAACAGUGGCUGAACUUCUGUAGUCUGGUGGCUUUCUCCAUCGGCUGCUUCGGGAUGACACUCGUAGGAAACUUCCAGCUUUUCUCGGAUGAGAUGAUCCACAACUUUGGCACCGUCAUGACGUUUGGACUGGGGACGCUGUACUGCUGGGUUCAGUCCUUCAUCACCCUGAGGGUUAAUCUGAGGAAUGAAGGGAGGAAGGCCGGCAUCCUUCGCUUCCUGUUGUCCGGAUGCAUCACCCUCUGCAUGAUUCCCUACUUCUCCCUCAUGGCUCAGGGCCUCCACAUGCAGGCCGCUCAGUGCCAGUGGGCGCUGGUCAUGUUCUUCCUCGCCUUCUUCGGCACUUUCGCCAUCGAGUUUCGUUACAACAGCUUUUCCAUUGUGUGCACAGAAUACUCAGUGGGCCGGUCUGAGGGCCGGUCUGAGGGCCGGUCUGAGGGCCUCUCUGACGAGCCCCGGUACCAACCGGACCAACCGGACCAACUGUAGGGAAGUUACACUGUCUCAAGUUUAAGGCACAGACCAGAAACUUUAAGAUGCAUUUAUUAGAUCCAGUGAAGCUGUUUUUUUACACCAUUAUUUACACAACUGCUUGUUGCAUGUUUGACAAACAUUUUUUAUCUAAAAGCAUUAUUAUGAGUAGAAAAUCUGCUUUCUUCAUCAAUCAUUUAUCUUUAUAUACAAAUAUAUUUUAUUACUGAAUCCGCACUUCUUUUUACAAGUCUUAAUUAUUUUUCUUACCUUCAACUGUUUUAGUUUUGAUGGGUUUGUAUGAAUCUAUUGAUGUUAUGAUUUUAAUGCAAGUUUACACAAGCACAAUCAGUAUCAAUAAAAAUUCUGCAAAAUGUUUUUAGUGUUGAAAGUUUUUAUAUCCACGGUGAUAUCUAAUGAAAAUGGUCCAGAGUGAUUAUUAUAAUGUGGAUUAUUCAGAGUAACUUGAAUAAGCUCUUCUUCUGUGGUGUUUAAAGGACACAAGAUGAUAAAUAUAUAUAUUUUUAAACCUACAGUUCUUAAGCUUAAGCCUGUCAGUUAUCACCUGUAAUGUUUAUGUUGACAUUUAUUUUUAAAUGCUAAAAGAAAUCUCUUCUUCUGUGGUGUUUAAAGGA